AUGACCCUCAUCACAACACCACCCAAAGAUCCAAGCACCCCGCCGAAUGACAGCGAAAACAGAACCCCCCCUCCCCCGCCGCCGACGCUGCCAACCCUGCCGCCGGAGCUCCAGUCGCUCAUCACAGCCCACCUCUCCUACCCCGACGCCCUCUCGCUGAAGCACACGAACCGCCACUUCUUCCAGACGACGGACACGGGUGUCCGCCUCAAGGUCGCCUGGCUCCUCGAGCGCCGCGCCCAGCGCCUCGCGUGCCCCUCGUGCGGCCGCGGCUGCGACCUCGCCAGCGACCUGCGCUUCUGCCGCGGCGGCGUCGCGCGCGUCAUUCGUCGCCGGCGCAUGCACGGCGAGUGCGAGAGCCGGGCCGGGCUCGGGUGGACUUGA